CGUUAGGAUAUUUACGCAACCGAGAGAGAGAAAGGAGCUCGUGCGCUACUCUUCUUGCGACAGAAGCAAAAGGCGGCGAAGAGAGAGAGAGAGAGAGAGAGAGCGAGAUCGCCGGAGAUGGCCGACGGGGAGGACGCCGCCGCCGCCCGCCGCCGCGCCUCCGUGACGGAGUACCGGAAGAAGCUGCUCAACUGCAGGGAGCUCGAGUCGCGCGUCAGCACCGUGAGGGAAAACCUAAAAAAUGCUAAGAAGGACUUUACAAAGACCGAAGAUGACUUAAAAUCCCUGCAAAGUGUUGGGCAGAUCAUCGGAGAGGUUCUCCGCCCUCUUGAUAAUGAACGUUUUAUUGUUAAGGCUAGCAGUGGUCCCAGAUAUGUGGUUGGUUGCCGGAGCAAAGUGGACAAGGAGAAAUUGACUUCGGGAACUCGUGUUGUUCUUGACAUGACAACACUGACAAUCAUGCGCACACUUCCACGUGAGGUGGACCCUGUGGUUUACAACAUGCUUCAUGAAGACCCUGGUAAUGUCAGUUACUCUGCUGUUGGUGGUCUGUCUGAUCAGAUUAGAGAGCUCAGGGAGUCCAUCGAAUUGCCCUUAAUGAACCCUGAGCUCUUUCUUCGUGUUGGGAUCAAGCCCCCCAAGGGUGUUCUACUCUAUGGUCCACCAGGAACUGGUAAGACACUAUUGGCGAGGGCUAUUGCCAGUAACAUCGAUGCCAACUUUUUGAAGAUUGUUUCAAGUGCUAUAAUUGACAAGUACAUUGGAGAGAGUGCCCGCUUGAUUAGGGAAAUGUUUGGCUAUGCACGUGAUCAUCAACCAUGCAUAAUCUUCAUGGACGAAAUCGAUGCCAUUGGUGGGCGGCGGUUCAGUGAAGGAACUAGUGCUGAUCGCGAGAUCCAGCGCACACUGAUGGAACUGCUAAAUCAGUUAGAUGGAUUUGAUGAACUUGGAAAGGUGAAAAUGAUCAUGGCUACCAAUAGACCUGAUGUUCUGGACCCUGCGCUACUGCGUCCUGGACGUCUAGACAGGAAGAUUGAGAUUCCGCUACCAAAUGAGCAAGCAAGAAUGGAAGUUCUUAAAAUCCAUGCUGCUGGUAUUGCCAAGCAUGGAGAAAUUGAUUAUGAGGCAGUUGUUAAACUGGCUGAGGGCUUCAAUGGGGCUGAUCUUCGCAACGUCUGCACUGAAGCGGGUAUGGCUGCAAUUCGUGCUGAACGGGACUACGUUGUCCAUGAGGACUUCAUGAAGGCUGUCAGGAAGCUGAACGACGCCAAGAAGCUGGAAUCCAGCGCCCACUACAGUGCAGACUUCGGCAAAGAGUAAGGUGCAAGAUUCUGAUCCUGUAUUCGAUCUUCUACCAUGCCGGGAGUUCUCCGCCAUGGUGCAAAAGCAACAGAGAAAUCGGUUUUUCACCGUCAGGCUUCUAUUCUGCACUGCAAGCUGAAGCCAUUUGUCAUGUGUGCAAUCAAAGAGCCAUGAAUGGUUGUCAAGCUUAUCUCUGGGACUGGAGAAACAUACCGAGAACUUGCAAAUUUUAUAACUGAUGCUUUUGCCUCUGUUUCACUCCGUUUUUUGAGUCUCACCUUGUGUCAGUACUACUGUGUAGUCUUAGUUUUGAGCAGUUGCAUGUACUUUUGACACCAUGCUUGGUAAAGAAUAGCAAAAUGGUAUCUUGAUUCAGCUUCCAGACCCCCAUCUGGUGUGGGAAUGCAUCUCAAUUCCUGUGAAA